AUGAAUUAAGAAGAUCUAGGGGAGAGAAAAAAUAAUUAAGUAUAUUGUUUAGAUCAAAUUGAAAAUGAAAGAUUAAACUUUUUAUGGGGACUUUGCCAUAAAGGAGACCUAACAAUUAAUUAAGCCUUAAAGGUUAUGGAAGAGGAGAAAUAAAAUGAAGAAAUUUGGGUUGGUUAAUAGAUUCAAGAAAAAACAUAAAAAUUAAAAAAUUUAAAGAAAUAAUUUGAAGACUUUUCAAGAAUUAAUUAAUAUGAUGUUUCUUUAGAUGUUAACAAUAUUGAUCUUUCUAUAAGAAAUAUUGAAGAUCAACUUUAAAACAAUAAAAAAUGGAAUUUUGAUUAAAAUGUCAAAUUAACAUUGUAAAACAUUGAAAGGUUAAAUAAUUUAGUUUCAUAAAAGGAUUAACUUGUCGUAUAAAGAAAUUUAGAAUAAUAUAAAGAUAGCUGUGAAAAUUAAAAUUAUAUUAAUUAUGUUCUUAAAUAUCAAAAUUUGAGUAAGAGUAUGUAUUAGAAGUGUAAAUUUUAUAAAAAAUUACAAGUGCUGAAUAAAAUUGAAAAAGUAUAUGCAUCAAAUUUUAAUCAUAGUGGAAACAUAUUAGUGACUGCAGUAUCAGAUGGGUUAUAAUUUUGGAAAUUUUAAGAUAAUCGUUUUUAAUAUUAAUACAAACUAUUUACCGGAACACUUUAAGUUGGAAUUUUGUUUAGUUAAUUCUAAGACUUAUUUAUUACACAUGAUCUUAUUGGUUAGUUUGGUAUAGUAAAAAUGAUUAAUGGAAAUUGGAAAUUGGAUUAAUUAAUCCAAGGUCACUAAGAUUAAAUUUGUUCAAUUAUUUUAUAAUAAAAUGAUUAAUAAAUAAUUACAGCUAGUUAAAAAAAUGGAAUAAAAUUUUGGUAUUUGAAUAAAUCUAAUAUUUGGAAUUGCCUAUUUAAUUUUGAAUUUAGCAGUUACAAUUUAUCGUAUUUAAGUGGAAAUAAUGAACAAUAUCUAGUAUCUGGUACUUUUGAUGGAAAUAUAACUAUUUGGCAGUAUUAAGUUGUAAAUUCUUAAAAAAUAAUUAUUUAAAAAUUUUAAAGAUUGAUAAGUGCUCAUAAAAAUAUAGUAAAUAUAAUAGCAUUUAUCAACAAAUAAAAGUUUUCAAGCUUAAGCUACUAAAGCGAAAUAAUAAUAUGGGAAUAAUAGAUAUCAAAUCUUUUAUUCCAAAGAAAACAAGUAGUUAAAUUUGAUGGUCUUUAAUACUGGAGUGUUUUUACAUAAAAAUUGAUUUACCAUAAAGAUUUGAAUGUACUAUUUUGCUGUUCAGGAAAUUAAAUUAAAAUAUUAAAAAUGAACAUUAAUGGAAUAUUUGAGAUAAUUACAGAAAUUAUUAAAGAGAAAGAAAUUUAUGCAUUUAGUGUUACUUAAGAUGGAAUGAUUUUAACAUAUUCAAAUCCAUUUUCUUAAAAAUUAAUAAUAAAAACUGGAUUUGAAAUUUAAUGA